UGUGUUUGGUGAGUUUUUAACAGUAACUCGUCACUUCAACAUGGAGAUCUUGGGGCUCGUUGACGUCCCGCUAAAUAUCAUUCUGGCUCUGACGGCGAUUGUGCUGAUUUAUAUAUAUGGAACAUGGAACUUCAAUUACUUCAACAAGCAGGGCAUUCCUGGGCCAGCACCAUACCCUUUUAUUGGGAACAGCGCUGGAUUUGGUAUCUUCUAUGAUUUACCCACCCUGGGACAACGCUACGGACGUACAUUUGGGAUCUUCACGGGGAGACGUCCAUGCUUUGUUAUAUCCGAUCUGGACAUCUUGAAGGAGGUCCUCGUCAAAAGUUUCAACAAUUUUCGAAACCGAGCAUUCCCCAUGGUUAUACCCUACCCGUUCAGUUUGGCGUUGGCAUUCUUGGAAGAUGCCUCCUGGAAGAGGGUGAGAAGCAUCCUGAGCCCGACUUUCAGUGGUGGCAAACUGAGACGGAUGUGCAUCCCUAUCAACGACUGUGCUCGGGCGCUUGCAAAUAAUUUCUCAAAAGCCAUAAGAAAAGAUGAAGGGGUGCCAAUGAAACAAUACUUUGGAGCUUACACCAUGGACGUGAUUUCACGAACUGCCUUCGGUAUAAAAGUGGAUUCCCAGAAUGAUUUCAACCACCCCUUUGUUGUUAAUGCUAAACAGAUGUUUAGCCCCACGAAACUGAGAUCCUUUUUUGCAUUACUCGGAGUUAUGAUUCCAGUUCUUGCCCCCUUCCUGCAAAAGCUUGGUAUGGGAUUCUUUCCACAGACAGUCAUUAAGUUCUUCCACAGAAGCAUUAGGGAAAUGAUAAAACAGAGACAGCAUGACUCAAAGGAACAGCGAGAGCAGAGGAAUGACUUCUUGCAACACAUGAUAGACGCUGAAGGGCAGGAUCAACAAGAAGAGAAAGGUGGCGUGGCCAAUGGAGGAACUACUGACAAUCAUUCGGUCAAGCGUCUAUCCGCAGAUGAAAUUGUUGCCCAGGGGAUACUGUUCUUUAUUGCUGGAUACGAAACAACGGCUUCAACACUGCAAUUUGUGUCAUACUGUCUGGCCACUCACCCGGAUAUACAGAAAAAGGCAUACAACGAAAUUAAAGAAAAGUUGGGGGAUGAGGAUCCUGACUACGACAACAUUGGGAAGCUGAAGUAUCUGGACAACGUCAUCACCGAGACGCUCCGACUCUACCCAGCGGCUGUCAUGCUAAAUCGGAACGUUUCUGAGACUAUCAAGAUCCGGGACAUAACAAUCUCGGUGGGUCAAACCGUCUUUACUCCUGUGAUGGCGAUGCAGAGAGACGCUCAGCUCUACAAGGAUCCAGAUUCCUUCAAGCCAGAGAGACACGAUGAAAAGUCCAAUCCGCUGUCCUUCCUUGCCUUCGGGUACGGUCCUCGAGCCUGUAUUGGGAUGCGUCUUGCUCUGGUUGAGGCUAAGAUUGCCUUGGUUCAUGUUAUGAGGAUUGUCACGUUUGAGCGUGCGCCAGACACACCGGAUGUACUGACGUUUAAAAGGAACAGUCAGCUUCUGCAGCCAUCAAAAGACAUAAUACUGAAAGUGUCGCCAAGAUGGUGAAGAUGGCGACAAAACCAACAGAACACAGAUAUGGUUGUUCGAUCAGGCUAUGACAUAACAUAGUAGUGAAGUGUACUUUGCCACCAUCAUAAUGUACAGUAUGAUGAGAGCCAUUACUAACUCACGGGAUUCGCACCCUUUUGGAUAUGAGGAAAACCCUUACCAAUCAUUCUGAAAGCCAUCAGCUGUGUUGAUAAGAAAUAGAAAUAAGCGUUUUUGAUUUCUUCAAUUCGUAAAAAAUGUUGGUUUAUACUAGACAAUGACCUUAACAGCUCAAUACCAUGUUUCAGGGUUUAAGAUUUGACAUUUCCUGUGGGUAAAACAAGGUUCGCGUCCUUUCAAUCUUUCCUACAAGUUUCCUGUGCUUCAAGUUGCUAUACCAGAAGGGCCUUGAACUCAAACCAAACUAUGAUAUCUUUCUGUCGGAAGACAGUAGGGAUGUUGGCAUGUCCAGUCAUCUAAGGUGCAUGAAACCGACAUUGUUUGGUUCGAAAGCCCCAAUUUACCGUUAUUAUGUUUCGUGAUUUUUCAGCAUCAUACACAUGCUCGUGGGUUUCACCAAAGUGGUCCCACAUCCCAACACUCUUGGGCGUCCUUCGCACAUUAAUCUGAUACGCCCCGAUAUAACCGAAACACUAUCCAACGUGGUUUUAAACCCAACUAACUCACUUACUGACGACGUGGCUGCGUAAAUGGGAAAGUAAUGAGUAAUGGAAACAAUACUUUUCCUUCAGAUUUGAACAAAACCCCAAAACAAGUUGAGUUAAUGCAUGUAAACAUUAUUGGGGAAGUCAUUUUGUAGUAGUAUUCUAAUUUAUGUUGAUGAAAUAUAUCCACAAAUAAUUGGGAAUUUCCAUUAUUUUCUGCAGGCCACACAUUAUGCACGUCUUGUACGAUUUGUAGUGGUGGUUGUGACGCUGAGGAUAAGGGCGACUUGUAUAUUUGCGCCCAACACAUCAAAUGAUGUUCACUGUUAAACUGCUAAAUGUUGUAUCUAAAACCUCAUGCAAAUCAUGUCAGCAUCUACGCAUGCACUAUUUGUUUGAAUUAGUAAUACAAUACUUAAUACAUGUACAAUGAUUGUGGUUCAUCUGUGACAGUUUUACACUAUUAAAACAACUACAAAGUAUAUAUUGCUAUGAUUUACAUUCAUAUGACACAUUCACACAGACAGUUAGGCACAAACACAGACAUACACAUGCACACAGACACACACGCGCAGACAUAGACUGACAGACACACAUACAUGAAUUGCAUUUUUGUCUAAGCUUGAGGUUGUAUUAUGUUAAAUUUGCAUUGGCUUGAAUAAACUUAGUUACCUUGG